CACAUCCUAGAAGAUUUCCGUCUGCGUCCUCGACUGUGUCUAGGGUUUCUCUUGCGAUUGGACCGUUCCAAUUCGCCUCCAUUGCUGUCCGCAUCGGAGCUUCAAGGCCUUCUCGCGGAAGCCCAUAGCCAUGUACGGAUCAAGAGGGGCCAUGUUGGGGAGCGGGGGGGUGUCGGACGGGUACGACAUCGGCUCAAAGAGACCAAGAAUGACGGAAUCGAAUCCCUACUUUGCAGUGAACAACGGUCCAAGUGGUUACCCGUUCACCCACGGAUAUCCAUCCUCAGGGGCAUUUCCUGUGGUCCGUCUCAGGGGUCUCCCCUUCAACUGUUCGGAAUCCGACAUCCGACUCUUCUUCGCCGGUCUGGACAUCAUUGACGCAUUCCUGGUGAACAAAAAUGGAAGGUUUUCAGGAGAGGCUUUCGUCCUCUUUGCUGGAAACAUGCAUGCCGAGAAUGCCCUUCUGAGGGACCGCCAGAACAUGGGGAGGAGGUACGUCGAGGUUUUCAGGUGCAAGAAGCAGGACUACUAUCAGGCCAUUGCUGCAGAGGUUAGAGAAUCACCGGGAUAUGACCACAACCACCACGGUUCUUCCCCACCACCACCACUGCAUAAGCCGCCUAAAAGGACUCAGAACAAGGACCAGUUGGAGUACACUGAGAUUCUGAAGCUACGCGGACUUCCCUUUUCUGUCAAGAAAUCAGAUAUUAUCAAGUUUUUCGGCGCGGAUUACAAUUUGACCGACGAAAAGGUGCGGAUCGGGUACCGAUCCGAUGGGAAGACUACCGGGGAGGCAUACGUGGAGUUCACAUCAUCCGAGGAGGCGAAGAACGCAAUGUGCAAGGACAAUAUGAUGAUCGGAUCGAGGUACAUUGAGCUCUUUCCUUCAACUCAGGAUGAAGCAAGGAGGGCUGAUUCUAGGUCAAGACAGUAAAAAUAGAGUGCUGGAAAAAAUUGCAAUCUUUUUCAUCUUUAAAAAGCAUUUACUGCUUCUUUUUCUCCUUGUUUGGGGACUUUGUUCUUGCCCUUGAUGAAAAUUUACUGCUUUUCAUGUCUCGGCAGUGUUUGUUUAUUACUGUAUUUUCUAGAAACAAAUCAUAGUAAUGGUAGAGAGUGGGUGGACUCCUGGAUAUAUAAUUUUGGUUAAUUUUACUGGGCUUAACUCUAUCUUGUUUGG